CAAAGUUGAACUUCAUUAAGUUUCAUAUAUAGAAAAUACAAUUACGAACGGGACAAGGAGUUUUAAAAUGGAGCUCGGAAUCUUGGAAAAUGGGCAAGACGAAUCGAUCAGCUUAGUUGAGACAGGUAAUAAGGAUAAGCCUAAAGGAGCUGCUUGGAUAAUAAUUAUGGUGAUACUACUAAAUGCAUGCUUGAUUGCUCUGGCUUUUCCAUUAUAUCUGUAUCUGAAUUCUGUAGACGAAGUGGUCAAAAAACGCUUGAUGGAUUAUUGCAUUGUUGGUGGAGGCCUUAUAGGAAUUCCGAUGUUGUACAGAUUAGGAGAUCUAUCGAAGGGACGACCAAAUUUCUACUACAUUUAAAUAAUUCAUUUGGUUACCAUGAUGCACUAUGAUUUGAAAGUAAAUUCUAAAUUUUUGUGUCUUAAUAUUUAAAGUCACCAAUCAUGCUUUCCUUGCCUUUAAACUCGUCAGUCGUUAGAUCAACCCCGCACUUUCAUUUACAUAUACAUUAUACUCACAUUUAACAAACAACACACAAGUAGAUCCGUAGUAAUAAAUUAAGGGUAAGAAGUUAGCAAAUAGAAAACAC